CUAGCUAGUAACUGAAACUACACAAACUCUGUAUCUGUGCAUUUUUUUGAUAUCAUAUAUACAGAGAUAAUCAACUGUACAACUAGCUACAAGGAUAACCAGACCAUUAAAACUUGCUUUCUCUCUUUCUCUGCUGCUUAUCGUCGGUAUUUAAUUGGUUUGAAGAUGGGAGACAUCAAUUUGACUAAUGCUACUGCUGGAACUAAGAACCAACAGUUUCAAUAUGAUCAUUCACUUGAUGUAAUGUCAAACCCGCAAGGUGGAUCCAAAUGUUUUGACGAUGAUGGCCGUCUUAAAAGAACAGGGACCGUAUGGACAGCGAGUGCACAUAUUAUUACGGCUGUUAUAGGAUCAGGAGUGCUAUCAUUAGCAUGGGCCAUAGCUCAGCUUGGUUGGAUUGCUGGUCCAGCUGUGAUGUUCUUGUUUGCCUUUGGGAUUUACUACACAUGCUGUUUACUAGCUGACUGCUACAGAACUGGCGACAAUGUUACCGGCAAAAGAAACUACACUUACAUGGACGCUGUUAGUACUAAUCUCGGUGGUUCUAAGACCAAGCUUUGUGGGAUAAUUCAGUACAUUAAUCUUUUUGGUGUUGCAAUUGGAUAUACAAUUGCAGCAUCCAUCAGUAUGGUGGCUGUAAAGAGGUCUAAUUGUUUCCACGCUAGCCAUGACGAUAGCCCGUGCCUUGCAUCGAGUACCCCAUACAUGAUCGCAUUUGGUGUAUCAGAAAUCAUAUUCUCCCAAAUUCCAGACUUUGAUCAAAUUUCAUGGCUAUCAAUGGUUGCUGCAGUCAUGUCAUUUACUUAUUCCGGUAUCGGAAUGGCCCUUGGAAUCGCUAAAGUGGCAGAGAAUGGGAAAUUCAAAGGAAGUCUGACUGGAAUAAGCACUGAUACGGUAACUCAAACCCAAAAGAUGUGGAGGAGCUUCCAAGCCCUUGGAAACAUCGCUUUUGCCUACUCAUAUUCUAUAAUCCUAAUUGAAAUUCAGGACACUAUUAAAGCACCGCCCUUAGAAGCUAACAUCUUGUUUAGGUACCCUGAUGGAACAUGUGUAACGGUGGUUGAUGAUGAUGAUUUGGCCACUCCUCUUCCUUCAAGCUCAGACACACCUACUGCUGCAGACCUGGAAGACGCUGAUUUGGGUAUCUCCUCGUAUGAAUACCCCAAUGCAGGCUUGCCAUUUGAUAUUCACAUGAAGUGUUUAUCUUCUAGUUGCCGACCUGUUGGUAAGUUAUUAGUAAGGAAGGAGUUUGUGCCUUUAUACACAAAAAUAUGGAGAAGAUACGGCCACACUGCAACCAGGAAUGUGGUGCGACAUUGUUCGUCUGCUUUGGUCAUUACGGUGAACUGCCUUCUGCCCAUGGUUGUAGAUGUGGAAGAUACAUCCAUUCGUGAUGUUGCUUAA